GUAGUUAGGCCAUUGUAGAAGUAGAACUGUUAAUUAGGCAAUUAUAAUUGUUGGUACUUGUUAUCACUUUCUCUUCUUUUCUGGAAGAGAAAUUAUUCUCACAUGAUUUUGACAUAUUAAUGCAAGUGCUUCAAACUUCGUAAGGUGCUAUUUUCAGACUUCCUAGAGUACUCCAAUGUGAUAUCGACCUCUCUCCCAAGAUAUAUCCUGGCCAACAUGGAAGUUUAUUUAUUUAGUUUUUUCUUUUUCUUUUUUCAUGGAAUUACGCCAGAGACUAGAGUGUUUACUCUAUAACUCUUAUGGACUUGCUUGGGCAGUUCACUGCUUUGUUAGGCAAUUAUGCUUGAAAAUAUAGAAAUGAAUUAUCCAUGUCAAAGUCUUAUUAUUAGGUGAAUUUUAAGAAGCAUGGCACUAACUUUCUAGAAUGGAUAUGAAGGUGCAAGGGAAAGAUCGGCUAUACGUUAAAUUUUUUGCAGAGCAGCUGGGCCUGGAUGGUUCAUAUGUUCCUCGUACUUAUAUUGAACAGAUUCAGCUGGAGAAACUUGUAAUUGAUGUUAUGGCACUGCCAGAUGAUUUAAAGACAAAACUCAGCAUAGAUGAUGAUUUUGCUGCAAGCUCUAAAGAAGCUCUUUCCCGAGCAUCAGCAGAUAGAAGAAUGAAGCAUCUCGGCCGGUGUGUCACAAUCAUAUUCAAAUCAGAGAGACAAGACUAUGGCCAAGCUAACUAAACUGGUUGUUAACCACAGAAGGUUUGAUGGAAGGGCCCCAGAUUCACCUGCACCACUUUCAAACCAGGGAAUUAUAACUCAACUUUUUGAACAAAUUUCUACUCUAAACGAAAGGAUGGAUGAAUUUACAUCUCGCAUUGAAGAAUUGAACUCCAAAUUGUCUGUCCGGAAAGUCUCAGCCAGCCAACAAAACUUGGCUAUGGAGGCUGAAACCUGCAAUGGUUCGAGACCCACUUCUCUUUUUGUCACCGGAUUAAGUAAUGGUUCUUUUACUGGUUCGCUGCUGCCCAAUUCUUCAUCUUCUUCUCAAUUGGCUAAGGAGUCCCCACUGAUGGAAGAGUGUGGUGGAAAGAAUACAUAUACACUUGGUGAAAUUAAUGAAACUCGAAAUGAAUGGACAACCAAGUUUCUUGAGCGGAUGAGUCAUAGUUAGAGUAACUUUUGAAAUCAGAAUUAAAAAAUAUACUAAUUGUAGUAUUUAGUUAGUACUUACAUAGUUAUUCCAAGUGUAUAUUUUGAUAUUGUAAUUUUAGAUUUGGAACAUACUGAGUUCUAUUGAUUUUGUCUGCCUAUUGAUUAUGUCUGAACUAUGUUGUAAUUACACAGGAAAUUAUGAAUGAAUAUAGUGGUUGAAAAUAAAGAAAUAAAAAAAUUCUCAUAUUCUACA